AUAGAAACGAUAAUAUGAGUUGGGUGGUUGGAAUGUUGGUAAAAUUUCACAAGAAAUGAGCUUCUAAGUCACAAGAAAGAAAGACAUCAACAUUAAAGCAAAAGUUCACAUUCACAAAUCCAUCUUUUUUUAAUUUCUAUUUAUGCUUUCAUUUGGGCGGAAUAUAUGUCUUCAAAAUCUUUCUUCUUCAGAAGAAAACUAUCUUUUUUUUUAUAUAUCUUUUUUGAUUAUUUUACAUACUAUAUUAUAUAUACACUUGAAAUUGAAAUGAACAGUUUUUGGUCAGAAGGAGAUCAAGAUACAAACGCUCCGGUUAAAAUAACAAAAGACAAAAAUGGUAUUGAUCUUGUUACACUCCAGAACCCCAUAGGGUUUUCCGUACAGGUGAGUUUGCAUGGAGGUCAAGUUCUUUCUUGGAAAAACGAACGUGGUGAAGAACUGUUGUUUAGAAGUAGUAAGGCAAACUGCAAGCCACCUGCAGCGGUGAGAGGUGGAAUUCCCAUAUGCUUUCCGCAGUUUGGAAAUCGAGGGUCUCUCGAGCAACACGGUUUUGCACGAAACAAGAUAUGGGAAAUCGACAACAAUCCUCCUAUGCUCAAUCACAACAACUGUAAUGGCAACUCUUUUAUCGACUUAUUGCUCAAACCAUCAGAAGAAGAUAUGAAAAUUUGGCCACAUAGUUUCGAAUUUCGGCUAAGGGUGUUGUUGACUUCGGAUGGGGCUUUAAAGUUAAUAUCGCGCAUAAGGAACAUCGGUUCCAAGGCAUUUAGUUUUUCAAUUGCAUAUCAUACGUAUUUUUCGGUUUCUGAUAUCAGUGAAGUAAGGAUAGAAGGCUUGGAGACACUUGAUUAUCUUGAUAAUUUACAUCAUAAGGAACGAUUUACGGAGCAAGGAGACACUCUCACCUUUGAAUCAGAGGUGGAUCGCGUCUACAUUAGUUCUCCUCAUAUAAUCGGUGUUUUUGAUCAUGGAAAGAAACGAACUUUUCUUAUACGUAAGGAAGGUCUUCCUGAUGCUGUGGUUUGGAACCCAUGGGAGAAGAAAGCGAAAACGAUAACAGAUAUGGGAGAUGAAGAGUACCGACAAACGAUUUGUGUUGAUGGUGCUGCGGUUGAGAAGUCAAUUACACUAAAACCUGGAGAAGAAUGGACAGGUCGUUUAGAGCUCAGUGUCCUCCCUUCGAUUUAAGAAAACAAUAAAGACAUUCAAAAUAAUAAAAUUUAAGAAUGGUAUGUAUUUUCAAUUCAUUUUUUAUUGAAUAAAAUUUUAGGAACAACUUAUUAGAUGCUUUAAGUUAAUUUACUUUGAAAUGAUUAUAAUAUACAUAUACUUAUAUACA